AUGGCAACUCUGCAGUUUCCUCCAGCCACUGCCGCUGUCUCAGUUUUGCUCCUAAUCUUGCAAACUAUCCAGAGCAUUCAAGUCAACAGAUCCGGCUGUGACCGCUUGGCACGUCGUGCCGCACAAAUACUGAUUGACAUUGACGAGCAAAUGCGUGGGCGAUACCAUGAAGCCCCGGAGAUGCUUCUGAGGAAUUUGGACAAGUUCGAAAGCACCCUAAGUUCUAUCCACCGGUUCAUGAGAAAAUUAGCCGAUUCGAAAUGGAGUGAUAGGUUCCUCCGUAAGUCGUCAUUUGACGACGCUCUGGCCGAGUACAUGCGCAUGCUUGACGAGGCCGCGCAGUCUUUUCAGCUCGCCACCCUCAUCAAUAUACACCUCGCCGUGAGCUCACUGAUAGGGAACGCCACUUCAGACGCAACUACGGAAAGAGUCCUGGAUGCUUCUCCGCCUGCCUAUCAUGAGACUCUCAAUGAAUCAGACUCGGAAACAGUCGAGAUUAAAAGCCCGGAGGUUAUCGAUGCAUCGGAGCCUCUAGUUGCUGUAUCCGAUGCUCCGGCGGGGGCAGGAGCCGAAUCCUUGUCAUUACCAGAGAAUAGAAUUACAGACCACUAUCUACCCGAGGAACUUUCGUCCUUGACACUGGAGGAUGAUCAUGGAUUUCGGCGAUACCACCAGUCGGAGAUUAUACUACGGGGGUGCUCUAGAUUGCAAGACGGAUGGUGGGCUGGCGCGACGGAAGUCCAGGUCCAAGGGCAACGAGCCUUGAUCAAGAAAUACGACGAUGACAAGGACAGUGCACACAAAAAAUGGUUGCGAGACGUCAAGGUCCUGCAGAAUCUUUAUCAUCCCAAUUUACCUCAGAUGCUUGGGUUCUCAGAUGAACGAGCCCCAACUCCUUUCAUCUUGCUGGCGAAUGCAGUGCAAACGCAGACGCCUCAAGCCCUGGUUCGCGAAGUGUUACGCUCGUCUAGUCUAGGGACUUGCAUGGAGCUCAUGUUGCGUUUUUAUCGCGACCUUGCUGACACAGCGAUGUACGUCCAGAGACAACUCGACCUAGAUGAGAACAAGGUCCAAGAUUUCAUCGAAGCGUCCUCAUUUCGAGUUGACUCUCUCAAAACUCUUGUAGUUGGUCUGCCUCCCCCUCGGGAUGGCGAGUGGUAUACUGCGCGAAACUAUGGAUUAGCGCAUACAUUGCUAGAUGCGUGUUUACGAAUGUUGCCAAACAACGGGCGCGUCACUUACUCCUAUGACAGAGGGGAUGAAUUCGUGACAGAAGAGAUACAAAAGAAAAUCAACCAUCUCGUCACUCUGGCACGAGCCCUACUUCCUAGCGGGAGACAGUCCCCCAUACUCCCAACGCAGUUAGAAGCAUUGAUCGAAGAUACCGAAUCUGAGACACCUUCGCUGACUUUGCGACAAAUACGGGACCUCACUUGGAAUACUGAAGGCGCACAUGGUCAUACAUGGUACGAAAGGAACGUGCCCGCUGAUAAAUUUUCUGUCGGAGAUAUCGGGUACAUUCCCGUUGGAGGAGACUUUGGAUCUUUCGUCCUUCUUAGCAACGUCAUCAAAGAUGGAAAAGCUGAACUCAGCGUAUCUCAUCGGUCUCACGGCGAGCACUGGUGCUGGAAGCAUGUUCCAAUGCGCAGACAACCCCUCCAGGCGUACGAACUGCCUGAAGUUGUCGCAGGAUGGCCCGUUGCAGUGCCCCCGUACAGUCAGAUCGAUGUGGUGGUGGUACACGAGGCCUAUCUUUCUUGCGUCAAGGAUGCAUGGCAGUAUCUAUUGAAAUACGGGAGGGGCCAUGCAGUCGAUAGUGGCAUCAGGCCAGAACAAUUGAUACUUGUAACGCAUGUCGGAACCCAUCAAGAUUUUUAUGUCAAUGAUUUCCGACCAAAGCCUUUUGUCCCAUCGGCUCGCGCAGUAGAUCCCCGGUUCGCUCCGAAUCAGUUCCAUCACCAACAGAUGCAUGGCUUUCACCAACCAUCAGGCUUCGGUCAGAACCACGGUCUUCCGUUCAACCAACCCGCCCUUCCCACAAUAGUUUAUCUAUUCACCUCGUUGGAUCCAAAUCACAAACCGCAUUGGUCAUCCUCCCCGGUAUGUCUGCCAAAAAGCGUGUCGAGUGAACCUUUGGCGCGACAUUUCACAACAAAAGUUGGCUGGUGGGUGAAGCCUCCUGGAUUAUGGAAGAAAACCGGGUUUUUGAACUAUGUACAACUUCAUGCUGAGGACUUUGAUAGUACCUGA